AUGGCGGAGGAAGGGGAAAUCGACAUCGAAGGGGACUUUGAAUUUAAAUUAGAUGUGGACAAUGAUAUUUAUGAUGAGCUUCCUUCCAAAAGUGCCAACUUGCUGCCAGAAUACACAAAUCCUGCCUGGAUGCUGGAGCAGGGCUGGACAAUGGACACCUUUGAUGAAAAAUCAAAAGCAACAAUUGAAAAAAUGCUUCAAGAGGAGCAUUAUUAUACCAGUGGAAAGGGAAGUCCUCGUAAAGUAAAGAAUCAAAGGCUUCUGUCCAAAAAGUCACAAAUACAGAAACAGCCAUGGACAGAGGAGGAGAAAGUCAUGUUUGAAAAAUAUCUGGAAGUAUUUGGUCGAAGCUGGUCUAAAAUUGCAGAGCACAUGCCGAGUAGGACUGGUCUACAAGUUAAGAACUACGCUCAGCAGUACUUCAAACAGAAAGCAAAAGAAGAGAAGAAGACCAUUGAAACUGAUGUCAAUAAACCAUCUGUGCCUUCCACAGCCGAGAAUAAGGAUGACCCAAUCAAAGAUGUCCUCUCUCUAGUCACGACUGCACAAACAACCGUUAUCACGGUGACCAAGCCAAACAACUCUUCUCCAGACAAAAACAGCAUGUUAGGGAAAAUGUUGAUAAAUCAUGGAAACAAGAACAAAAAUAAAAACAAACUAGAGGUUCAGCUUUUCCAGAAAAUGCAGAGAGCAAAAACUGAAUCACAUGGUCAAAAAAGGGAAGCAAUGAAGAAAGAAUCAAAAUCAGGGAGUAAAACAUCAGGUGCCAAACAAAGAAAGAUAGAUAGAUCAUCAGAAACACAGGGCCAAGUACAGAUAAGCGUCAAACCUGCUCCUAAGACAAUUGUCUCACAGCCAGAGGCUGAGACUGCGAACCUUGCCACACCAUCCUCAAUGGUGAGUUUACUGGUCACAGCUACCUCCAGCGGGGGCAUUGGUCAGCUUAGUCCAUCUCUAGAAUCUCGUCUUCAGCAGUCGACGGGGGUGAUAGAGAAUCUGGACGGAUUCUGUGCCGUGGCAGACAUUGUGAAGGAGGACGAGGAUGAAGAUGGAGAGAUAGACAUUGAAAAUGAGGAUGAGGAAAAUCCAAUCCUCAAAUCUCGAUCAGCUUCCCCCAACUCAGUGUAUGAACAACUGGUCCGAGCGGCCAAUCUCAACAAAACUCCAGAAAAAGGAAAGUACAAAGAGAGAAGUGAGGAGAAGCCCCCAGAUGGUGAACCAAAUCAAAGCGAUGCUGUCUCUGUCCUUAUUGAUGAGAAAGAGGAGGAAAAUAUACAUAACACAGAGAAUGAAGUACCAGAAUCUCAUAGGCCAAAAUCAAAUAAUUUCAUAGUUUUAUGGAAUGGAGAGUACCUGGAUUUGCCCAUACCUACACAGGAAGCCCAGAUUGACCCAGAUACUAUAACAGAACAGGAGCACCAAAUUCAUGCCGACUUUUUUGAUGGACGGCCCUCUAAAACUCCAGAGCGUUAUUUAAGAAUAAGAAAUUACAUUUUGGAAACUUGGGCAAAAUGUAAGCCUGGAUACCUGAACAAAACCUGUGUUCGGCCGGGAUUGAAGAAUUGUGGGGAUGUCAACUGCAUCGGAAGAAUUCAUGCUUUCUUGGAGUGUACAGGAGCUAUUAAUUUUGGAUGUGAACAAGCUUGUUACAAUCAGGCAUCUAAAGUAGGACCCCAGGUAUCCAGAGAUAGAACCCGAGAAGCCAUAGUCAAAGUCAACUUCUCUAAACUAGAGUCCAUGCGACCAAGAAAAAGAAGAAUUAGAAAUGAAUAUGGGCAGUGGGUUGAUGAAAAAGAAUUACAGGGCAAAACUAUACAGCAUCAAGAUAAAGUUUCUACCAAGGAAAGCCCUGGAAAGGUGUCAAGGUCACCCAAGGUCCAAAGUCUUGACCCUUUCAAACUUAUACCUUGUCAGAAUUUUUCUCAAGAGAGACCAGCCCCCUUCUACGUUGAAAUACACAAUACAGCUCUAGUGAUAAUGGAUAUUCAUGCUCAUAUAUCAAAGACAGAGGUGAUAGGAAUGUUAGGAGGUUGUUACCAUGAUGAUGACCAGCAUCUAGAGAUUACCAUGGCGAUUCCCUGUAACAGUAUCAGUACUGGUCUCCAGUGUGAAAUGGAUCCAGUGUCUCAGACGUUUGCCUGUGAGGAGAUCAGUAACAACAGAAUGAAUGUCAUUGGCUGGUACCAUUCCCAUCCGACCUUUAACCCCAACCCCUCAAUACGGGACAUCGAGACUCAGCUCAAAUUUCAGGAGUACUUUGCCCAGGAUGGUUUUUCCUUCCUCGGUGUUAUAGUCAGUCCGUACAACAGAACCUGUAUGGGGCUGUGUUCAGAGUUCCAGUGCCUGACAAUCAGUUCAGAGGUCAGCCCACUGGACAAGUGCAAUAUACCAUUCUCAUUUAACUAUGGGAUGAUCAUGCAGCCCUUACAGUCGGAGUUAGUGAUACGCAGUAUUAAAACGUUAGCUGAGAAGUACAGUCAGGAUAGACACCGCGUAGAACUCUUACAGCCAUAUCUGGGCACCACGUCAUGUCUCGACAAGAUGCUUGAGUCCCUGAAAGAUUCCCUUGAGCCAAACUCAGAUGAGUCCACUCAGUUUGUUGAGAUUGUCAGAGAGAUUUUCUCAGCAGCGUUUACCUCUGAGAAAGACAUUCAGAGUCAGAUUAUAGAGUUACAAGAAAUUACAGUCAACACUCAGUCUUGACGCAUGUUGAAAAAUCUAUAAAUCUGUUCUUCUUGUAUUUGUUUUGCAUAGAUAAAUUGUAAGGGACUUGACCGACUGAAAUGCAAGUAAUAAACUUGUAUUUCUUACUUUUGGUACAAGAUGAUAUAACUGUCCAAGACAUUUUAUAAGUUGUUCAUUCUGGUUGAGGUAAUUGUUUUUCCAAGCUUAUUAUUACUUUUUUUAAAAUACGUUUCGUAGUUGCUUUGAUAAAUUUAUUUC